AUGCGUCCAGAGGUCGAGCAGGAGCUCUCCCACACGCUGCUCAUUGAGCUGCUCGCAUAUCAAUUCGCCUCGCCUGUCAGGUGGAUUGAGACGCAGGAUGUCGUCCUCGGUGAGAAGACGACGGAGCGCAUCGUCGAGAUUGGCCCCGCAGACACACUCGGCGUAAUGGCAAAGCGCACACUGGCCAGCAAAUACGAAGCACACGAUGCUGCCCGGUCACUGCAGCGUCAAAUCCUCUGCUACAACAAGGACGCAAAGGACAUCUACUACGAUGUAGACCCCAUAGAGGAGGAGCCAGAGGCUCCAGCUUCCGCCCCAGCUGCCUCCUCGUCUGCCCCCGCUGCAUCGGCGCCCGCUGCUGCUGCCGCUCCACCACCACCGAGCGCUGGGCCUGCAGCUCAGGUUCCAGAUGCACCAGUCACGGCUACUGACAUUCUGCGGACGCUCGUGGCCCAGAAGCUCAAGAAGCCCCUCAUGGACAUUCCGCUAUCCAAGGCCAUCAAGGAUUUGUCUACCCUCCAGAACGAAAUCCUCGGAGACCUGGGCAAGGAAUUCGGCUCCACCCCAGAGAAGCCUGAAGACACCCCUCUCGACGAGCUCGGUGCUUCAAUGCAGGCUACCUUCAAUGGUCAGCUUGGAAAACAAUCUUCUUCCCUCAUUGCACGUAUGGUGUCCUCCAAGAUGCCUGGUGGCUUCAACAUCACAGCUGUGCGCAAGCACCUCGAGACAAGGUGGGGGUUGGCGCAAGGCCGACAGGACGGAGUCCUGCUGCUCGCCAUCACCAACGAGCCACCCGCGCGUCUUGGCUCUGAGGCUGAAGGCAAAGCCUUCUUGGACGAGCAAGCGAACAAAUACGCAGGCAUUGCCGGAAUUAACUUGUCUGCUCCUACAGCCGGCGGCGAUUCUGGCGGUUCUGGUGGCGGCAUGAUGAUGGACCCUGCGGCCAUUGACGCCCUGACCAAGGACCAACGCCAACUUUUCAAGCAACAGCUUGAGUUGUUUGCGCGAUACCUCAAGAUUGACUUGCGCUCGGGCGACAAGUCUUUUGUCGAUUCACAAAAGGCCCAGUCUGCGCUUCAAGCCCAGCUUGAUCUCUGGACUACUGAGCAUGGCGAAUUUUAUGCGUCUGGAAUUGAGCCUCAAUUUACGCCGCUCAAGGCGCGUGUCUACGAUUCAUCGUGGAACUGGGCUCGCCAAGAUGCCCUCACCAUGUACUACGAUAUCAUCUUCGGCAAGCUCAAAGCUGUUGAUCGUGAAAUCGUCAGCCGCUGCAUUGCCAUCAUGAACCGAUCAAACCCACUGCUCCUUGACUUCAUGCAGUACCACAUGGACCACUGCCCUACUGAGCGCGGUGAAACCUAUGAGCUUGCAAAGGAGCUUGGUCAACAACUCAUUGACAACUGCAAGGAGGUAUUGAACGAGGCACCCGUCUACAAGGAUGUCGCCAUACCCACCGCACCUCACCUUGAGAUUGACCCCAAGGGCAACAUGAACUACCAAGAAGUUCCAAGAGCGAGUGUUCGAAAGCUUGAGCAUUACGUGCGCGAGAUGGCUGAAGGAGGAAAGCUGUCCGAGUACGGCAACCGAACAAAGGUCCAAAACGACCUGCAAAGAAUUUACAAGCUCAUUAAGCAGCAACACAAGCUUUCCAAAUCAUCGCAGCUGCAGAUCAAGAGCUUGUACAGCAACGUCAUUCGCUCUCUUUCCAUGAACGAGGGCCAGAUCAUGCCUAGUGAGAACGGCAAGUCUGUCGGUGGCAAGCGGGGCCGCAAUGGUCGCGUCCACGCCUCUAAACAAGGCAAGGUCGAAACCAUUCCCUUCCUGCAUCUCAAGAGGAAAGAUGAUCACGGUUGGGAGUACAGCAAGAAGCUGACCGGUGUCUACCUCGACUGUCUUGAGGAUGCCGCCAAGUCUGGUGUCACAUUCCAAGGCAAGUACGCUCUUAUGACAGGUGCCGGUGCAGGUUCCAUUGGUGCCCAGGUCCUCCAGGGCCUCAUCAGCGGUGGAGCCAAGGUCGUUGUGACGACUUCUAGGUUCUCACGCGAAGUCACUGAGUACUACCAAUCUAUGUACUCACGCUAUGGUGCUCGCGGCUCCCAGCUGAUUGUUGUACCUUUCAACCAAGGCAGCAACCAGGACGUUGAGGCCUUGAUCGACUACAUCUUCGACACCAAGAAGGGUCUCGGCUGGGACCUUGAUCUCAUUGUUCCUUUCGCCGCUAUCCCCGAGAAUGGCCGUGAGAUUGACAGCAUUGACUCCAAGUCUGAGCUCGCACAUCGCAUCAUGUUGACCAACCUCUUGCGUAUGCUCGGAGCUGUCAAGAAGCAGAAGCAGGCUUACGGUUAUGAGACACGCCCAGCACAGGUCAUUCUUCCCUUGUCGCCCAACCACGGCACUUUUGGCAACGAUGGUCUCUACUCGGAAUCCAAGAUUUCACUGGAGACUCUGUUUUCAAGGUGGCACUCAGAAAGCUGGGGUAACUAUCUCACGAUUUGCGGUGCCGUCAUUGGCUGGACCCGUGGAACCGGACUUAUGGGCGCCAACAACAUUGUCGCCGAAGGUAUCGAGAAGUAUGGUGUACGUACCUUCUCUCAGCAGGAGAUGGCCUUUAACCUGCUUGGUCUGAUGGCACCACCGAUUGUCAACCUGUGCCAGGUCGAGCCCGUUUGGGCAGAUCUCAACGGUGGCUUCCAGUACAUCCCCAACCUCAAGGACCUCAUGACAGACCUCCGCAAGGAACUCACGGAAACGAGUGAUAUCCGCAGGGCUGUCAUCAAGGAAAAUGCCAUUGAGAACAAGGUUGUCAAUGGUGAGGCGAGCGAGGCUCUGUACAAGACAGCCAAGAUCGAACCCCGUGCGAACAUGAAGUUCGAUUUCCCCAAGCUCCCUGAUUGGGAUACCGAAGUCAAGCCUCUUAACGAGAACCUCAAGGGCAUGGUCGACCUUGAGAAGGUUGUUGUCGUCACCGGCUUUGCCGAGGUUGGUCCCUGGGGCAACUCGAGGACGCGCUGGGAGAUGGAGGCCUACGGCGAGUUCUCCAUUGAAGGAUGUGUUGAGAUGGCCUGGAUCAUGGGUCUUAUCAAGAACCACAACGGUCCUCUCAAGGGCAAGAGCUACUCUGGCUGGGUCGAUGCAAAGACAAACGAGCCAAUUGACGACAAGGACGUCAAGCCAAAGUACGAAAAGUACAUUCUUGAACACUCUGGUAUCCGUCUCAUUGAGCCAGAGCUGUUCAACGGCUAUGACCCCAAGAACAAGCAGCUCAUGCAAGAGAUCCAGAUUGAGGAGGACCUUGAUCCUUUCGAGGCAUCCAAGGAACUAGCGGAAGAGUUCAAGAGGGAGCACGGUGACAAGGUUGAAGUCUUCGCCAUUGAGGACUCAGGCGAGUACACCGUCCGGAUGAAGAAGGGUGCUACUCUUCUGAUCCCCAAGGCCCUGCGCUUCGACCGCCUUGUUGCUGGACAGGUCCCGACUGGUUGGGAUGCUAAGAAAUACGGUGUGCCUGAUGAUAUCAUCUCACAAGUCGACCCGGUAACACUAUUCGUGCUUGUUUCCACUGCCGAGUGUCUGCUUUCCAGCGGUAUCACCGACCCCUACGAGUUCUACCAGUAUGUCCACCUUUCUGAAGUUGGUAACUGCGUCGGUUCCGGUAUUGGUGGUACUACUGCCCUUCGAGGAAUGUACAAAGACCGCUUCAUGGACAAGCCAGUCCAGAAAGACAUUCUCCAGGAGUCCUUCAUCAACACCAUGAGCGCCUGGGUCAACAUGUUGCUCAUGUCGUCCACCGGUCCCAUCAAGACCCCAGUUGGUGCCUGCGCUACUGCUGUCGAAUCUAUUGACAUUGGUUAUGACACGAUCGUGGAGGGCAAGGCUCGCGUCUGCUUCGUUGGUGGUUUUGAUGACUUCCAGGAGGAAGGCUCGUACGAAUUCGCCAAUAUGAAGGCCACUAGUAACGCUGAAGAUGAGUUCGCCCAUGGUCGCACACCGAGGGAGAUGUCCCGUCCUACCACAACCACCAGGAACGGAUUUAUGGAGUCUCAAGGUUGCGGAAUGCAGGUCAUCAUGGACGCAAAGCUUGCUCUCGACAUGGGUGUUCCCAUUUACGGAGUACUCGGUUUCACUGCCACCGCAACCGACAAGAUUGGCCGUUCAGUUCCUGCUCCUGGCAAGGGUGUGUUGACAACUGCACGCGAGAACCCAUCCAAGUUCCCCUCGCCCCUGCUUGACAUCAAGUACAGGAGGCGCCAGAUGGACCUACGACGUAAGCAGAUCAAGCAGUGGCAGGAAUCAGAAGUCCUCUACCUCCAAGAGGAGGUCGCAGCCAUGAAGGAUGUUUCUGGUGAUGACUUCGAUGAGUCGGCCUAUCUCGAGGAGCGCGUUGCAAACAUUGAAGCGGAAGCCAGGCGACAAGAGAAGGACGCGCUCAACAGCUUGGGCAACAACUUCUGGAAGCAAGAUCCCCGCAUCGCUCCUCUUCGUGGCGCUCUUGCGACAUGGGGUCUUACAAUUGACGACCUUGAUGUUGCCUCUUUCCACGGCACUUCGACUGUUGCCAACGACAAGAACGAAUCCGACGUUAUCUGCCAGCAGAUGCGUCACCUCGGCCGCAAGAAGGGAAAUGCACUACUUGGUAUCUUCCAGAAAUACCUCACUGGUCACCCCAAGGGUGCUGCUGGUGCAUGGAUGUUCAACGGCUGUCUGCAGGUGCUCAACACUGGUCUCGUACCAGGCAACCGCAACGCCGACAACGUCGACAAGAUCAUGGAGAAGUUCGAUUACAUUGUGUACCCAUCGCAAGCUAUCCAGACCGAUGGUAUCAAGGCUUUCUCUGUUACUUCUUUUGGUUUCGGACAAAAGGGAGCCCAGGCUAUUGGUAUCCACCCCAGGUACCUAUAUGCUGCGCUUGAGCAUCACCAGUUUGCUGCCUACAAGCAAAAGGUUGAAGCCCGCCAGAAGAAGGCUUACCGCUACUUCCACGACGGUCUCAUCAACAACACCAUGUUCCGCGCCAAGGACAAGGCACCAUAUGAGGACGAGAAGAUGCAGGAGAUUUUCCUCAACCCACAAGCUCGUGUCACCGUCGACAAGAAGACAUCGACAUACAGCUACCCGAAGAACCCUGCACCGGCCCCUAAGAAGGACAAGAAGUCUCAAGAAACUAUGAAGAUGCUUGAGCAGCUUACGCAGGCUACUGCUUCCGCCAGCUCUAAGGUCGGUGUCGAUGUUGAGAGCCUCAGUGCUCUGAACAUUGAGAAUGACACUUUCAUUGAGCGCAAUUUCACCGAAAAGGAGAUUGCAUACUGCCGAAAGGCUCCCAACCCCCAAGCAAGCUUCACUGGCAAGUGGUCUGCGAAGGAGGCCAUUUUCAAGUCUCUUGGUGUCAAGGGUGAAGGUGCUGGCGCUCCUUUGAAGGACAUUGAGAUUGUCAACGACGAGUCAGGAGCGCCGUCAGUCCAGCUGUACGGCAAAGCCGACGAAGAAGCCAAGCGUGUCGGCGUCAAGAACAUCAAUAUCAGCAUUAGCCACUCUGACGACCAAGCCGUCUCAGUUGCCAUUGCUCAGUUCUAG